AAAUGCAAUAUGACGACUUUUUCUCCAUCUGGGGGAAAAGGGGGACUUUAAAAUGGCAUGGUUGCUCAUUUUCUCAGUCUUUAUACAUCAUUUUGUUUUGUCAUUGGUCAAAAUAUUUUUUCUGUUAGAAAUUUCUUCAAACGAGUAAUUCUAAUUAAAACAACUUUACAGGCUAUAACAUCUCUGCAUUGUGUUGUUUAUCACAGCUCUGGUUACUUGGUUUCUAAUUGCAGAUCUGCUUUGCAAUGUGACAACACUGCCACCAGAUGGCAAAUACAGUAUAAUCUUCUGUAUACAGUGCUUCGUUUUUCUUUCUCUCUACACAAACACACACACACAGCGGAGGUGUGGUUUGUAGUCACAAAGAGCAUAUGUCAACCAAACACUACUGAACAGUGCAGUACGGUGUAUGACAGACGUUUUUCUUUAGUAAUUUAAAAACUAAUAGCUUAGUUUUCCUAAUUAAAAUGGACAGUGCUUUUGAAAACCUGGAUGCAGCUGGUUUUCUGGAAAUCUGGCAACACUUCGAUGCAGAUGAUAAUGGUUACAUUGAAGGCAAAGAGCUGGAUGACUUUUUUCGUCACAUGAUGAAAAGAUUAGGUCCUGAGGAGAAAGCCACAGAGGAGAGGGUCCAGAGAUUAAAGCAGAGGUUUAUGUCUGCCUAUGAUGUCACUGCUGAUGGGAAACUACAGAUUCAAGAGUUGGCUAACAUGAUCCUACCUGAAGAUGAAAACUUCCUGUUAGUUUUCUACAGAGAAGCUCCUCUUGACAACAGUGUUGAUUUCAUGAUGAUAUGGAGGAAGUAUGAUCUUGACUGCAGUGGCUACAUAUCAGCUCAGGAGCUUAAGGCUUUCCUGAAAGAUUUGUUCCAGCAGCAUCACAAGGAAGUGUCAUCUGACAAGCUGGAGGAGUACACUGACGCAAUGAUGAAAAUUUUUGAUAAAAACAAGGACGGCCGUCUGGAUCUUAAUGAUUUGGCAAGGAUCUUGGCCCUGGAGGAGAAUUUCUUACUCCAGUUUCAGAUGGAUGCCUGCAGUAAAGAUGAGAGAAAGAGAGACUUCGAAAAGAUCUUUGACCAUUACGAUGUGAGUAAGACAGGAGCCCUGGAGGGUCCCGAGGUGGAUGGCUUUGUCAAAGACAUGAUGGAGCUGGUCAGGCCCAACAUCACAGGCCCUGAGCUGGACAAGCUGCGCGCCGUUCUGCUGCGUCACUGUGACGUCAACAAAGAUGGAAAGAUCCAGAAAAAUGAACUAGCUUUGUGUCUGGGAGUCAAACCAAAACCUUAAAGAUUUUAUAUUAUACCGCUGUAUUACCCAACCUUGGCUGUGUGUGUGAUGUGCUAUAUAGUCAGUAAUAAUGGGAAGUUGUAUUUAAAGGUCAGUCUGAUUACUCAGUUAUUUAAGGUCAAUAUUAAUAAAGUUUUACUCGAUCUAAUAUGAUACAAUUUCUUGGACAUGUUUCAGAUCUACCACAAAGAAAGGGAUGGGAGUAUUUUAUUGGUGAAAUAUUCAUGUAUGCCACAAUUUACUGGUCAGUAAAAGUGAAACAAUGGAAGUUUUUUUUUGAGUUGAUUGACUAAUACUGAUAUGUGCAUGUUUCUCUGUCUAAACAGGCCUGCAGCAUGUUGUUCAGUGUAUUUAAAUAUAACUGGCUAUCAAGAAAAUAAAAAAACAAUGGAAACUGG